AAAAGAUUAUAAAUCUACUGAAUGAAAAAACCUUCCUUGAAGUCACAUAUACUCCAAGAAAAAACCACAGAUGUUUUUCUGUUUUGCCUAAAUACAAAAUUUAAACAAGUUUCCACAGACAGGCUCUUUCAUGGAACUCUGUGAUCAUAUGGGCAACAUUUAUGUUUGAAAUCUACCUUCUACCUGAUGAUUUUGCCAACCUGAAAAAGGAAAUAAAGAAGCAGAACUUCAGGUUCCUUUCAUUUGGCUGUUGGAUAAAAGUGAAGAUGUUGGUGAUACUGUGCUUGACCUCCCAGGUGGCACAUUGAGGAUAGUUGUCCAGAGCUUUGUGGCCAUCACCAUGUUCUGGAAGUUUGACCUGAACACCACAUCCCAUGUUGACAAACUGCUGGACAAGGAGCAGGUGACACUGCGGGAGCUGAUGGAUGAGGAUGACAUCCUGCAGGAGUGCAAGGCUCAGAACCAGAAGCUGCUGGACUUCCUGUGUAGACCACAGUGUAUGGAGGAGCUGGUGGGCUUGGUCACACAGGACCCACCUCUGGACAUGGACGAGAAGGUCCGCUUCAAAUACCCAAACACAGCCUGUGAGCUUCUGACUUGUGAUGUGCCGCAGAUCAGCGACAGACUAGGCGAGGACGGGCAUCUGCUGGGUCUUCUGUGCAGCUUCCUGGGCCGUGAGCCGCCUCUCAAUCCUCUGCUGGCCAGUUUCUUCAGCAAGACUAUUGGCCAUCUCAUCGCCAGAAAGACCCAACAGGUGAUUACAUUCUUAAAGAAGAAGGACAAGUUCAUCAGCCUGGUGUUGAAGCACAUUGGCACAUCAGCUCUCAUGGACCUGCUGUUGCGCCUGGUUAGCUGUGUAGAGCCCACUGGGCUCCGGCAGGAAGUCCUGCAGUGGCUUGAUGAAGAGAAGAUCAUCCAGAGACUUGUGGCACUGAUCCAUCCGAGUCAGGAUGAAGAUAAGCAGUCGAACGCCUCUCAGACUCUCUGCGACAUUGUUAGGCUAGGCAGAGACCAGGGCAGUGACCUGCCAGAGGCUUCGGAGCCAGACCCUCUUCUCACCGUACUGGAGUCGCAGAACUGCGUGGAGCAACUCCUGAAGAACAUGUUUGACGGAGACCAGACUGAGAGCUGCCUUGUCAGCGGGACUCAGGUGUUACUCACCUUGCUGGAGACCAGGCGGGCUGGGACAGAGGGCCUGGUAGACACCUUUUCUCAGGGACUGGAGAGGCCGCAUGUUGUCAGCAGCAGUGUACUGCAGGGCAUCGAGCCACGGUUGAAGGAUUUCCACCAGCUCCUGCUCAACCCGCCAAAGAAGAAAGCAAUCCUGACCACCAUUGGUGUGCUAGAGGAGCCCCUGGGGAAUGCCCGUCUUCACGGUGCCCGCCUCAUGGCUGCACUACUGCAUACAAACACACCGACCAUUAACCAGGAGCUCUGCCGACUCAACACCAUGGACUUGCUGCUGGACUUGUUUUUUAAAUAUACCUGGAAUAACUUUUUGCACUUCCAAGUGGAACUAUGCAUAGCUGCCAUUCUCUCCCACACUUCUCGGGAGGAGAGAGCAGAUGCCAGUGGAUCUGAGAGCAGGGUGGAACCUCUGCCUGGGAGUGAGAACAGGAAUGUGGAGACCCCGCAGCCUGCACCUGGCCUCCCUGAGAACACAAUGGUGACCCACCUGUUCCAGAAGUGCUGCCUGGUACAGAGGAUCCUGGAGGCCUGGGAAGCCAACGACCACACACAGGCUGCAGGUGGCAUGAGGCGUGGGAAUAUGGGCCACCUCACGAGGAUUGCCAAUGCGGUGGUGCAGAACUUGGAGCGGGGCCCUGUGCAGACUCACAUCCGUGAGGUCAUCCGAGGGCUCCCCGCAGAUUGCCGUGGCCGCUGGGAAAGCUUUGUGGAGGAGACACUGACAGAGACCAAUCGCAGGAACACCGUGGACCUGGUGAGCACUCACCACCUUCACUCCUCAAGUGAGGACGAGGACAUUGAGGGUGCUUUCCCUAACGAGCUGUCCCUUCAGCAGUCUUUCUCCGAAUACCAGAUCCAGCAGAUGACCGCCAACUUCGUGGAUCAAUUUGGCUUCAACGAUGAGGAAUUUGCAGAUCAGGACGACAACAUGAAUGCCCCAUUCGACAGGAUUGCAGAGAUUAACUUCAACAUUGAUGCCGAUGAAGACAGUCCCAGUGCGGCUCUGUUUGAGGCCUGUUGCAGCGACCGCAUCCAGCCCUUUGAUGAUGAUGAAGAGGAGGAGGACAUCUGGGAAGACAAGGAGACUCGCUGUGCCACCCAGGCGGUGGCCAGAGCCAGGUUUGGAGCUCCCCAGGCUUCAGAGAGCUGUACCAAGGAUGGUCUGGAGCACAGAGGCCAGGACAGAAAGGCGAGCUCUGAAGCAGACAGAGACGCCCUUGGAGUGGGCACCCCCACAGCCCCUGUGAGGAACGAAGGUCCCCCCAUGGAGGGUGAUUCAGAAGCAGGCAGCAAGUGGACAGCAGUGUUUGAUGAAUCAGUGAACUCAACACCCACAACUCCAGGAGUGGUGAGGGACAGGGGUUCCAGCGUGUGGGCAGCCAGCACCUUGGCUCCAGAGGAGAGAGGCUGGGCCAAGUUCACCGACUUCCAGCCUUUCUGCUGCACCGAAUCAGGGCCCAGGUGCAGCUCUCCUGUGGACACAGGGUGCAGCCAUGCUGAAGGUAGCCAGAGCCAGGAUCUGGAGAAAGCUCUUGGCCCAGCCUCCCCAUGUGCCUGGAACGUGUGUGUCACCAGGAAGGCUCCCCUGGUGGUCUCUGACAGCAGCUCCUCUGGGGGAUCUGACAGCGAGGAUGAAGAGAAGGCAGCUGGUGCCACAGAAAGCAUGGGCAGGGGCCCUGGCCCGGAGGCCCCCCUGCUUCCCAAAGUGGCCAGGACUGAGGCGGCUGUCAUCAGCAGGGCUGAGCAUACUAACAGCCCCACCUUUGAGGAAAUGACUACUGUCCCAGCCGUGGCUGUAUUCCCUACAACCACCACCACUACAGCACCAAGCAAGGCUGACUCCCCUGUGGCUUCGCCAGCAGUCUCUGCAGUGGCUAUGGCAGUCUCCCCAGGGCCCAUCGUGGUGGUCACUACAGCCCCAGCUACAGUGGUCACUCUGGAGACGGUGACAAAGGAUAGGAAGGACUCCCUGCCAGGAGGAGCUGCCUUAAAUGGCCCCUUGUGAUGCUGCUGCUGCCUGGCCACGGCAUGCCCUAGUCAGGCUGCAUCCUUAAUCAAGAAAACUACCUGGUGAUGCAAUUUGGUUUUCUUUUUUAAUUUAAUUUAAUUUUAAAAUAAAUGCUGCAUUGGUAAAGCUGGCAGUUGGAACCAAUCACAUGGCCCAGCUGCGUCUCUCCUGCCCAACCUUCAGUGGCCCUGCUGAGGGACAAUGGAUGUAACCUCAGCCUUCUCCAGGCCCUGUAACACAGCAGUGCCUCAGAGGUGCAGCCUCUGCCCACAGAGCUGGGGGCCAAACCCUGAGAUGCCACCAGGGACUGAUGGGCCAGGAAGGGUGUGGACACCAAGGCUCAGGUUUCACUCAUUUCUUUUUUUAAUGGACAUAGGAAGAGUCAAGUUUUUGCACUUUGUAUCCAACUGUGGCACAAAGCCUCCCCCCAACUCCUACAAACGUGUGGGAGUCUGGCCAGGUACAAAUUUGACUAGGCAGGCUCUCAGACCCCCAGGGUCCUAGCUGCUCCAUGGCUCUGGGAGCUGGCAUGGAACCAGGCUGCAAAAUUUGACUGCCUUAAUAAAACAAGACCACCUGGGCCUGGCAGGGUGUCCCUGUGCCCAGCAGCCUAGACCAGCAAUCUCUGGAGUAGGUGGUUGGCGUGCAUGGUAGAAGCCACUGGUCUGUGAAGAGGGGGGACACAGUAGGGUGCUGGGGGCUCAGGUACUGGCUUCCAACAGUGCUGGGCAGAGGUUCCAGGAGACCAUUUUUUAAUGUUCUGAUAAUCUGACAAGGUGCCCAGAACCUAAUUCCCAAUAAAAGCUGGUCCUUCUUACUGGAAA